AUGCCUGCUGCAGCGACCGCGAACUCAUUUAGAUGCCCCCGUUGCAGCCUCCGGUUUUCAACGAAAAAGACCGCCCACAAGCAUAAUCAGAAGGAGCAUCCAAAGUGCAGGCAAUGUAACAAAAGAUUUCUUAGUCUGGCAGGGCUGCAAAACCAUCAACAAAUUGCAGACCAUUGCUAUUGUCGCGAGUGUGAUAUUUACUUCCCAAGUCUUGAGAAGCACCUCACCCAUGUACGAAGCAUUACACAUACGACUCCACAUCACUGCUGCGACUGCGGUCGAGAGUACACCAACCAGGAAACCUUGAGCUACCAUUGCUGCGACUGCGAUAAAGUACUUCAAAAACAAAGGUUUUUACGAAAACACAGGGAGAAGCAUAUUCGCAGAGUCGGAGAUCCGGUGUCGGGAAUUUCUCGCAACCUCCCACACAUGUGCAACGAGUGCGACGAGUCAUUCCAUCACAAGAAACAGCUGAGAGAGCAUAUGUCAAGCCAUAGACCUCCUCGUAAUAUUCCUUGCCCAACCGGUGGAACAUGCAACAAGAACCCACCUAAUGACCAAUCCACACCAUUUCCUCUAGUUUCUGACGUUAACAGCCUCAGCGAGUGGUCCGCUGUUGGCUGCGGACCAUCGAGUCUUACUGCUAGCGACAGCGACUGGUUAAUCAUCGGCGGGGCUGUCUUAACUCCUACUUACAGUGAUAAUGCGAGCGAAUGGUCGUUCGUGAGCCAAGAUUUCAUACCCUUAUCGUCGAAUGCGUUUUCGUUUGAUACGGAUCUUGAUGCCAGCUCACAUAGAGGUACCAUAUCUCAGGAACGGCGCUGUCAUCUCUGCGGGCCCAACCAAAAACCAUUUCGCAGCGUGAGAGCGUACCAAGCGCAUAUAAACUCAGCAGCUCACGCUCCGAAAAUCUUUCAAUGCCCUUUGACAUUCAUUCCAAAGGUCAAACCAUUAGACUCAUCAAAAGCCAGGAAUUUCUCGACUCUGGGUGGAUUGACUCAGCAUAUGGAGAGCGGUCGUUGUGAAGGUGGGCUUGAGAUGUAUGGCAAAGCGGUCGCCUUCGUGGAGGAGCAAUUAAAACUCCUAGGGUUUAGUAGUUUCAUGCUAUCUUCAAGUUAA